GAUUGCAAAAUCUACAAAAUUAUGUAAAUAGCAUUAAAGCAAAAAAAAAGUGUGUUUUUAAAGAAAAAAAAGGAACGCCAAGCGAACGGGACUGCAGAUGUUCCCAGCACCGCGAAUGCCAGACGGGGUCAGUCCUCUCCAAGGGCUCGCGGUUGCAGUCCUGGCUCGGCCGCGCUGAUGAUAUGAGGGGGCUGGCCCGGCGGUUACCUUAGAAACAAGUGAGGACCCGCCUUCUGGAAGGCGCUUGAAAAUAAAAGUCGAGGCAGCAGCGACUUUCGCAUCUCUUUCGGGUUCUGUCUGAGUGCGGUGACUGGAUUGUAGAAGGAAGUCUUUUUUUAUUCCCAGGACCAGAUUAAUUUACCUUCCAAGAAGAAAUCGGAACAAUGUGCGGGAUAUUUGCCUACCUGAAUCAUAGGGUGACGCGGACAAGGAAGGAGAUCUUUGAGACACUAGUGAAAGGAUUGCAGAGGCUGGAAUACAGGGGGUAUGAUUCUGCAGGGAUUGCUGUGGAUGGUCCAUACAAAGACAUGAAGGAUGGCCACAUCUGUCUCAUCAAACAAAGAGGGAAAGUAAAAGCCCUGGAUGAAGAACUAUACAAAAAAGACACUAUUGACUUUGAAGCUGAACUGGACAACCAUUUUGGCAUUGCCCACACCCGCUGGGCUACACACGGCGAACCCAGCGCACUCAAUAGCCACCCGCACCGAUCGGACAAAAACAAUGAAUUUGUGGUGAUUCACAAUGGCAUUAUUACCAACUACAAGGAACUGAAGAAAUACCUGGAGUCAAAGGGAUACGAGUUUGAGUCAGAAACGGACACAGAGGUCAUUCCCAAGCUCAUCAAGUACUUGUACGACAACCGUGAGAGAGAUGACAUAUCCUUCUCAACACUGGUGGAGAGAGUCAUUCAGCAGCUGGAAGGUGCAUUUGCGCUGGUGUUCAAGAGCAGUCGCUUCCCAGAUGAAGCUGUUGCCACCAGGAGAGGGAGCCCCCUGUUGAUAGGUGUGCGCAGCAAGAAUGAGCUGUCCAGUGAACAUAUCCCCAUUCAGUACAAUAAUGGUCAUUUCAAAGAGGACUUAAAUGAGAAGAACUACAGGAAUAGUGGGCAAGCAGAGAACUCUGACAACUCCGACAACUGUCUGCAAUCCACAGGGCACGUGGAACCUGUGGAAUACUAUUUUGCUUCAGAUGCCAGCGCUAUCAUUGAACACACCAACAAGGUUCUUUACCUGGAGGAUGAUGACAUUGCAGCUGUGGUUGAGGGGAAGCUGUCUAUCCACCGCAUGAAGCGCUCAGCUGGGGAGGAUCCAGUCAGGGUCAUCCAGACACUGCAGAUGGAGCUUCAGCAGAUCAUGAAAGGUAAUUUCAAAGCCUUCAUGCAAAAAGAAAUCUUUGAACAACCCGAGUCAGUUGUCAACACCAUGAGAGGGAGAAUCUGCUUUGAAACGAACACAGUUGUUCUGGGAGGCUUGAAGGAUCACCUGAAGGAAAUCAAAAGGUGUCGACGUCUCAUCAUGAUUGGCUGUGGCACCAGCUUCCAUGCUGCAGUGGCAACUCGACAGAUCCUGGAGGAGCUGACUGAGCUGCCGGUCAUGGUGGAGCUGGCUAGUGACUUCCUGGACAGGAACACUCCAGUCUUCAGAGACGAUGUCUGCUUCUUCAUCAGCCAGUCAGGAGAGACUGCAGAUACCCUGAUGGCUCUGAGGUACUGUAAGGAGCGGGGAGCACUCACAGUUGGGGUCACCAACACUGUUGGCAGCUCCAUCUCUCGGGACACUGACUGCGGGGUUCACAUCAAUGCAGGGCCAGAGAUUGGCGUAGCCAGCACAAAGGCAUACACUAGUCAGUUUGUGUCACUCAUCAUGUUCGGGCUGAUGAUGUGUGAGGACAGGAUCUCCUUGCAGACAAGAAGAAUGGAGAUUAUCAAAGGACUGAAGGUCCUGCCGGAGCACAUCAAGGAGGUCCUUAGCCUGGAUCAGAAGAUCAGGGACAUUGCUGACGAGCUCUAUCAGCAGAAAUCACUUCUGGUCAUGGGCCGUGGCUUCAACUAUGCUACCUGUUUGGAAGGAGCCUUGAAAAUCAAAGAGAUUACCUACAUGCACUCAGAAGGUAUCCUGGCAGGGGAGCUGAAGCACGGGCCCCUGGCUCUCAUUGACAAGCACAUGCCUGUCAUCAUGGUUGUCAUGAGGGACGCCUGCUACACCAAGUGCCAGAAUGCCCUGCAGCAAGUGACUGCCCGGCAGGGACGCCCCAUCAUUCUCUGCUGUCAGGACGACCUGGAGAGCAUGAAGAAUGCCUACAAGACCAUUGAGCUGCCACAUACUGUGGAUUGUCUUCAGGCCAUUUUGAGUGUGAUCCCGCUGCAGCUUCUGUCAUUUCACCUGGCUGUGCUGCGUGGAUAUGAUGUUGACUGUCCACGGAAUCUUGCCAAAUCAGUCACAGUGGAGUAAUAUUCUUCAACAAACUGGAAAUUAUUGGAGGGAAGAUAAUGAAGAAGAACGUUUGCGGUCUUGGGUGUUUAUAUGUAUGUUCAUAUGUUUAUAGAUAUUUACAUGUAUUUAUAUAUUACAUAAAACUGAAACACAACAGACUAUCAUUGAAGUUUUCUAGGAUCAGGCUUUUUCUCUAUCUUCCAGCACUAUAAUUGAUACAGGACUUACAAGGUUUGAUCCAGCCAAUGCAAUAACUAGUACAUUGACACUUCAAUGUAGCAACACUAUGCAGUUUUUAAUUUACUUUGUGCCUUAACCUUAUGUACUCCUGUUGCCAUAGGAGUGAUAAGGAAAAGAAAAUGUGAUGUUUACUUGUAGUUCCUAGAUUGACAUUUUAUUAAUACUGUGCAAUAUUUAAUGUAAGAGGGCCAAAUGUUUCUGGUUUUAUGCAGAUGAUCUACAUUUUAGGGGAAUGAAUUUGGGGAAGGAUUUAAUGUAUUUCAGAAUAGAAAUUACAUCCUAAAUUAAAAGCAAAGCUAUCUCAUAACAUACAGUAUAACGCCUAUAUCCUCUGCUCUCAGUGGCAUAAACUUUCACAGGUUCCAAUCAAUAUGUAGCCGUACAUCAGUCUGCUUUUUGGUACAAUAAUGGGAGCAAGUGUGGGCAUGUUUUCUUGAGGAUUUAAACAUCAAAAGCAGUGGUCCACCCUUAAGCACAUGGUGCUCUAUAAAGCGGAGCUUCUGUACGAUAGAGGCUUAGCCAUGCUGUGACUCCCAAGGCUGUAACAUUCUUUAACACUCUCCUCCACUACAACUAAAAGAGUCAGGUUGAACACCCCCAGCCUUAAUUUCAAACCACUGUAGCAAGAGAAGGCCUGACUUGGUCUAGAAUGAAAGUAAGUGCUUACUGUUUUCAGUCGAUACACAGAGAGAUGUGUAUCGUCAGAAGAUUCAUAUAUGCAAUAAUUAUACCAAAUGAAGUGAAGAAACAUCAGAUUGCAUGAUCUAUUGAUCUUUUUCUGUAUGUAUUUUAAUGUAGCUUUAUUUAUAUCCAGAAUAUAUGUGCUGCAGAGACCGUGGUGAGGAGGUAUGAAACAUGUCUUCUCAUUUGACAACAGCCUUUGCUAUAGUUUAUUUGGCACAGGCAGUAUUGUCACUGUAAAACACAAGUCUGCAUUGAGCCCCAGAUAUGUAUUCCAGUCUGCUAAAUCUUUUAACAAAGAUGUCUUAGUAUCAUGUGUUUUAGAUUAUUUAUGAAUUUAUAAAAAAGGUAAAUUAUUUUUCCAGGCUUGCUAAAAUCAAAGUGGUUUGUUAUUGUUUACCAAAAGUACUUGACAUGUAUAUUAUUGUUAUUGUGUUGUCAUGCUACGUAAAACUGUGAGUGAUGCUUUUGGGUAUUUUUUUAAAGAUGAAGAUCAAUGGCCUUUUAAAAGAUAUUUUAUAUGUUUUUAUUAUGGAGGACUUUCAAAAUCUAUGAAUGUUUAGAAAAAGGCAAA